GUCUAUCAUGUCAUGGCGGCCGUUUGACAAUUACCAUCAAAAUUAAAGUCGCAUAAUAAACAUGUCGUAUUUUUCAAAUCGUGAAGUAAUAUAGUUUUAAUCGUAAUGCCGUGAAUAAUUCGCAAUCAUGUGUGAGAUAUUCCCAGAAGUGAAAAACUGUUGUUCAUUUGCAUCCAUCCGAGUGGGAAUGCUUUUAAUAGCAAUCCUGUCUAUAUCGACAGGUGCGAUCACUCUCGGCGUGACAGAACAAUUGUCAAAUUUUGGCUAUGACAAGGUAGUAUCCGUAUAUGGUAAUGUCACAGACACACCGGCUCAAGCCCUCUCAGAGUUGACUGGUAUUGUAACAACGACAAUAAUUAUUAUGUCCGUGGUUUUUAUGUUAGCUGGUGUGUGCCUUCUAUUCGCCACUUUAGCAGACCAAGAAGGAUAUGCGCAAGCGUUUGUAUGGCUAAUCUUUUUAAAUAUCAUCCUUGGAUUACUUAUGAUAAUUGCGAUAACUUAUGAGUGUUUAAUGAGGACAACGUGCUAUCUCGAUUCUAUGGACUGGUUGUCGGGAGCUAUAACACUCAUCCUCGUAGUGUUCUAUCUAUUACUGUGGUACUACUACAUAAGCGUGGCAAACACUUACGUUCUAAAUGGAAACACAUAAUAUUGAAAGGUCCGAACUAACACCAACCUACUCUCUUAAGAUAUUUGAGUGAAAAUAUGCCUUAUGAUUAGAGUCUUUAGGAUCAUUUCUGUUUACCAAUCAAGUCCAUGGUUCUGGUUUGAAUUGCUUCAACAAGGGCAUCACAAUCACGAGGUUUUUCUUUCUUUAUUUUAUAUGGACUGUUGUAUACCAAUUAAGAUUAAUAUAUUUCUCUAUAUAUAUAGGUACCUAUAUUCAUACUCGUAGACUCUCAUUGGUUAAGCUAUAAUUGAAACUAGCAGCUU